AAAAAAGUUGUAUAAAAACUGGGAUGAUACUGACUACAAUCAUCAGUUUACUGACAUUCACCGACCAACCAGUCAAAAAACCAAUCAACAAAAUGGCAUUCAAACUUACCAUUGCUCUGGCCCUCUUCGCCGUUAUCUACGCAGCCCAAGCUACUCCUUUGACUAAUCUUCUGGGUGAUCUUCCUCUUGGUGGUGGCCAGGCGUCAUCAUCUACACCAGCCAGUACCGAUUCAUCCGUCUCAACCACCGCAGCCAGUACUUCUCCACUUGGUGGUCUUGAUGACCUCUUAAAUUUAAUAGCCCCAGUACUCGCCAUAUUGGAAAGCCUGUUGGCUGCUUUGAAGGGUGCAACCUCGGGUGUGGGUGGUAUCUGAGUAGAUCUAUCAAAUGUUUAAGUCAUCGUUUUUCCUUGUUUUUCUGCCAUUUGCACAAUUGUAAUGAUUAAUUCUUAAUAAACUAUAUACGAGCAUCUAAAUAA